CUCCCCCCCGCCACCGUCGCUGCACCUCCUCCCCGGCCGGAACCGAUCGCGGCUGGUUUGAGCUGGUGCGUCUCCAUGACGACGUGCUCAGCGUAUAAGUAGCGGCGCGGCGCGCCGUCGGGCUUUGUCAGUCCCUGCAGCGGCCGCCGCCGUCCGCCCUCCCGCCCUGUUCCCUCCCUCCGCCAGCAGCAGCAGCAGCAGCAGCAGCAGCACCUCGGCGCCACCUCGGGCCGGCGUCUGCCGCGGCGGCGGGCUCGACGAGGCGGCUGACGGGGCGGCGGCGGCGGGCGGCCGGGCACCCUCCUCGGGGUUCGGUGGCGGCGGCGGCGUCUCCCAUCUCCAUGGGGCUGGCCAGCGGCGUCCGUGCGCUGUGAGAACGCUUCCACCGCUCCAAGGAGACAGCGUUCGGAGUUCCUGGAUAGCUUGCCUUGUGAGGAGCUGGCGAUAGUUUAAUUCCACCUCUAGGUUUUUUGUGGCACAUCGAGAAUCAUGAACAACUUUAAUAAGGAAGAGUUUGAGUGCCAUAUCCUCGAUGAAGGCUUUACUGCCAAGGACAUCCUGGACCAAAAAAUUAAUGAAGUUUCUUCCUCAGACGACAAGGAUGCUUUUUAUGUUGCGGACCUUGGAGACAUUCUGAAGAAACACCUGAGAUGGCUAAAAGCCCUUCCCCGUGUCACUCCCUUUUAUGCUGUCAAAAGUAACGACAGCAGAGCCAUCGUGAACACCCUAGCCGCCAUUGGGACGGGUUUUGACUGUGCAAGCAAGACUGAAAUACAGUUGGUGCAGGGGCUUGGGGUGCCUCCCGAGAGGAUUAUCUAUGCCAAUCCUUGUAAACAAGUGUCUCAAAUCAAGUAUGCUGCCAGUAAUGGAGUCCAGAUGAUGACUUUUGACAGUGAGGUUGAGUUGAUGAAAGUCGCCAGAGCACAUCCAAAGGCAAAGUUGGUUUUGCGGAUUGCCACUGAUGAUUCCAAAGCAGUUUGUCGCCUGAGUGUGAAGUUUGGCGCCACACUCAAAACCAGCAGGCUUCUCUUGGAACGGGCAAAAGAGCUAAAUAUUGAUGUCGUUGGUGUCAGCUUCCACGUGGGGAGUGGAUGUACUGAUCCUGAGACCUUCGUACAGGCCCUGUCGGAUGCCCGCUGUGUCUUUGACAUGGGAACAGAAGUUGGUUUCAGCAUGUAUCUGCUUGAUAUUGGUGGUGGCUUUCCUGGAUCUGAGGAUACAAAGCUUAAAUUUGAAGAGAUCACCAGUGUGAUCAACCCGGCUCUGGACAAGUACUUCCCACCAGACUCUGGAGUGAGAGUCAUAGCUGAGCCGGGCAGAUACUAUGUCGCGUCAGCUUUCACACUGGCAGUCAACAUCAUUGCCAAGAAAGUAGUGUGGAAGGAGCAGACCGGCUCGGAUGAUGAGGAUGACUCAAAUGAGCAAACCAUCAUGUACUAUGUGAAUGACGGAGUCUAUGGAUCAUUCAACUGCAUUCUUUACGAUCAUGCGCAUGUCAAGGCCCUGCUGCCAAAGAGACCCAAGCCAGAUGAGAAGUAUUACUCAUCCAGCAUCUGGGGACCAACAUGUGAUGGCCUUGAUCGGAUCGUCGAGCGCUGUAACCUGCCUGAAAUGCAUGUGGGUGAUUGGAUGCUCUUUGAGAACAUGGGUGCAUACACUGUUGCUGCUGCAUCCACUUUCAAUGGGUUCCAGAGGCCUUCCAUCUACUAUGUCAUGUCGAGGUCAAUGUGGCAACUCAUGAAGCAGAUCCAGAGCCAUGGCUUCCCACCCGAAGUGGAGGAGCAGGAUGUGGGCACGCUGCUGCCCUUGUCAUGUGCCCAGGAGAGCGGGAUGGACCGGCACCCAGCAGCCUGUGCUUCUGCUAGUAUCAAUGUGUAGCUGUCACCUGCAAGUUUAGCUUGAAUUAAGGGAUUUGGGGGGACCAUUUAACUUAAUUACUGCUAGUUUUGAGGUCUUUGUAAGAGUAGGGUUUGCAGCAGAUGCAGAUGGAAGGCUAGGAGAUGGGUCACACUUACCUGUGUUCCUAUGGAAACUUUGACUAUUUGUUUUAUAUGGAUUUUUAUUCACUUUUCAGACAUGAUACUAACGUGCCCCUCAGCUGCUGAGCAAGCGUUUGUAGCUUGUGCAUUUGGCAGAAUGGGCCAAAAGCUGAUGUUGUGACCCAUUUUGAAAAUAAACGAUCUUGAAAUAA